AUGGAGCAAGUGGAAACACAGACAGUGUCUGGUAGUGUAACGACCUCACAGGGGGUACCAGAAGUGGCAUCAUCUCAGAAUGUUGAAACAGAAGUAAAGUCUCAUCCAGACAAAGAAGAUCAAGUGGAUGAUAUUGACGAAAACACUCGUUUGACUAUCAGCAAAGAGUCACCACUCUCCGAAAUUGCAACAUCCCCACUUCCAUUUGAUUUGAGCUUACCAGACUCAGAUUUGGACUUGAAUUCUGCAUUCUUAGGUGACAAGAAUGGGGUGAGUAAGCCUACAGAGGCUGCCAGUGUGAAUGGCCAGAAUUCACAUCAACAAAAUAUUAUUGAAGGAGACAAGGCAACGUCUAAGAAGUCAUCACACGAAAUACCAACUCCAGGAUCUCAUAAUGAUUUUCAUUUAGGUGGAAUUGCGCGUCAAAGAAAGGACAGUUAUGAAAGUUCUGAGUUGAGCGAUUUGGGUGAUGAUGAAUCUGAAGCAGAAACUGACAAGAUGGACUUUUUGGAUGAGCGAGAUGGAGAAAAUCUAACAAAGCCAACUGACUUGCAAACGUUGUCGGAGUUGACAGAGUUGGCAAGAAUGGAAGAAAUUGAUGGCGAUUCAGAUGAAGAAUUUUCCAAGACUGAAGAUUCGUUCAAAGGUUCGAAAGGGGAAAGUGAAGCCAAUACCAAGGAUUCACACAAGGAUAGCGAUUUGAUAAAUCGUAAACGAACAGCAACGACAGGGGACGAUGAAUCUGAGUCAAGAGGUGGAAAGAAGCCAAAGACGGAAGCAAAGAUUGAACUUGGCGUUGACCAAGAGAGUACUAAAAAUAUAGAGGAAACUGAGAACAUAGGCAACAAUCUGAACGGUAUAACCAAAGAUAUCAAUCAAGACAAAAUUGAUGUGGAUAAUACUGUUGUACAGGCUGCGACAAAAAUAAGUCCUGACGAUGAAGACAAUGAGGCUGAAGCAGAAGAUGAGGAAGAUGAGGAUGAAGAAGAAGGUGAAACUGAAGAUAGGAACAAUUGGGCCUCCAACGAGCAACUAAAAGAAAAGGUCAAGCAGUCUGCUGAUCCUGAUGAGGAAAGCAAUACACAAGAAAUUGUUGAAAAGGGCGUCGAAGAAGCAGUUGCAGAGGAACACGACACAGACAUCAAUGAGCAAAGAGAGCUAGCGGUAAAGGGAUUGAUAGCUAUAGAGAAAUGUUUUGCCGAAGUACGUGACAAACUAUAUGACGAUAAAUUAGUUUUACUAGAAAAGGAAUUACAGCUAUGUUUAGAUGGAUCACAUCCUGAACUAUCUAAGAUUUACCAGAAAAUCAAUGGCUUUUACCAAGACAGCUUGAAUCUAGCCAAUGCAAACUUGGCGUAUAGACUAAAAUGUGUGGAUAAAGAAACCAUGGCAACACGUACAUCUAUACAUCAAAACUAUCUCCGAAAUAUUAUGGACACUAAGAAUGCAAUGAUUACAGAAACGACAUCAAUGUGGUAUAAGAUCAACAAAGAAAGAAAUCAACUAGACCAAAUUGUACCUGACUUUAACUAUUCAGCCAUACCGCUGUCAAUUUUGGCACAAGAAGAGGCGACUGUAUCCAACUCUGCAAAUGUUGCUGAUGUAAUGGGAACCGUCGCGCCAAAGAUCAAGAAAGCUAUUAAGCAAAAUGCAAUUAUCGAAUUGGUGCAACAACGAAACAAUUUGAAUGAGCAAUUGGGAGUAUUGAAUGGAUUGGUGAAAUUUCAUGGGUUCCCUUCUGCAGUUACGUCUUCCAUUAAUCAAGAAGAAGUAGCGACCCAAGAGUUGCUUUUGAGGAAAGCAAGCGAGGAAGAGAUAAACGAAGACUUAAGGGCCAUGGGAAUACGGACAUAG